CCAUGUAAACGCAGAUCAUUAGCGGGACAAUGACUACACACGGGAGGACCACUGGCUGGCCAAAAGGAGCAAAUCCAGUAUCGUAUGCAGCAAAAUAUGGCAUCACAAACCCUUCUCCAACUUUAGAUCGGCCCAUCCAUCUAUACCCAUUGACAAACUACACAUUUGGAACUAAAGAGCCAUUAUAUGAGAAGGACAGCUCAGUGCCUGCUAGAUUUCAGCGAAUGAGAGAUGAGUUUGAGAAGAUUGGAAUGAGGCGUUCUGUGGAGGGGGUGCUGAUUGUCCAUGAACAUGGUCUACCUCAUGUCCUUCUUCUACAGCUGGGAACAACAUUUUUCAAAUUACCAGGAGGAGAAUUAAAUUCAGGAGAAGAUCAGGUGGAAGGAUUGAAAAGAUUACUCACAGAGACACUAGGAAGACAAGAUGGUGGUACAAUGGAAUGGGUGGUAGAGGACACAAUAGGGAACUGGUGGAGGCCAAACUUUGAACCCCCACAGUAUCCAUACAUCCCAGCACAUAUAACCAAACCAAAGGAACACAAAAGACUUUUUCUUGUUCAACUCCCAGAAAAAGCAUUAUUUGCAGUCCCAAGAAAUUACAAACUGGUAGCAGCUCCCUUAUUUGAACUCUAUGAUAACAGUGCAGGUUAUGGACCGAUAAUCUCGAGUUUACCACAAGCUCUUAGUCGGUUCAACUUCAUCUACAACUGAAAUCUUAACCAGGUUGGAAGGAACUCUGUGCAGGAAGUUCAUGUCUUCUGUCAUGUGACUGUGUGGACUCUAUUUUUAGAACAUUUCAGUUUCAGUGUUAAAAUCAAUCAUGUAUUUCAUCAUUUUCAAACAAUAUGUUGUCAUGUUUCAAAACUGAAGGAUAGAUAUGUUUAUUGCUGGUUUUGAAAUUCAUUAAAGAGAUCAGUUUAUGUCUUCUGCUUUAUUUCAGUUGAUGGAAAUGCCCUCAGCGAAAGAAGAUUGUAUCACAUCAUAUAUACAUUUCAAUUUAAAUGGCAGCUAUGUACAUUAUAUGUCAAUUCUAGCAAGUUGAGCAUAUGCCUCAUAUUGCAGUGUGAAGUACUAAUACUAUCAUAUGGAUUUGAUAAUCUAUAUAUGUUGAUGCUAAACUUUUCAAAUGUAGCUCAUAUUGAGCCAAAAGAAAUAACUUUUAUCCUUUGAGUUAAUUUCAUUUAUUGGAUAUUUGGCUUUGUUGCAAAUGUUAUUAUUGGCCACAACAUUUAUGUGAGUUUCCUUAACCCUCUCGUGCUUUAUCACAAGAUUUAAACAUUUUCAAACUUCAAA